UUAUCAUGAAACAUGUUUAUGAUACUCCUCUAAAUUAUAUUGGUCCAGUUAUAGCUAAAACUAUAAAGUAAUGUUGUUCGAACGAGAUCUAUAUCAAACGAAUUCUCUUCUGUGUUCUGUUCGGAGCUUUGAAAGGUCGCUUUUGAUUCGGGGUGAGGUCAUCCGGGUUCGCUCGUUCUGUUUUUUGCGAGUAAUAGCUCACAACAAUGAGAUCGUCGCAACUCAUUACUAUUGAUUUCGGUAUGUUUUUUUUGUAAAUCUUCGCAUAUUGCAUAAUAGAAAAAAAAAUCCGCAACAAAAUCAAGGUUUUCUAAAAAACGUGCAUAAGUAUUUUUUUCUUGUUUGAAAUUAUUACAUUCCUUUCAUUUGAAUUACAGGUUAACGACAGCACGGAUGCUCUUUCCUUCGUGCAUCAACGUGAAUGCAUUGUUUAUUUCAGCUAGAGCCAUGGUAUGUGUUAUGAAUUCAUCAACCAUCAGGUCCUUCUUUUGAUAUUGAUUCACCAACUUUGGCACACUUUCAACGCUUUUCCAUCCACCGAAAGCUGUCCCCUUCCAAGUUCUUCCAGUGACAAGUUGGAAAGGACGGGUUGAAAUUUCUUUACCUGAUUCAGCUACACCAAUGAUAACGGAAACUCCCCAUCCACGGCAACAGGACUCCAGGGCAGCUCUCAUGGUCUGUACGUUGCCAACACACUCAAACGUAUAGUCCAAUCCGCCAUCUGUCUUCUCGAUCAGUACUUCCUGAAUUGGUUUAUCAUAAUCCUUCGGAUUCACGAAUUCUGUGCAUCCGAAAAGAGCUCCCAUUUUAAAUUUUUCCGGAUUGAUGUCUACACCAAUGAUCUUACUGGCUCCAGCAGCUUUACAUCCCAUAAUGGCGGCUAACCCAACGGCUCCUAAUCCCCACACAGCACAGCUGCUUCCUUUUUCCACUUUCGCAGUGUUUAAAGCGGCUCCAUACCCAGUUGGAAUUCCACAACCGAGCAAGCAAACCUUGUCCAAAGGUGCUGUAUCAUCAAUUUUGCACAGAGAAAUCUCUGCAACAACAGUGUACUCUGAGAAAGUCGAGGUUCCCAUGAAAUGGAAAACCUUUUGACCUUUGCAAGUGAACCUUGUUGUACCAUCCGGCAUCAGUCCCUUUCCCUGAGUGGCACGAAUCUUGGGACAGAGAUUCGUUUUGGGACUUUUGCAAAACUUGCAUUCGAAACACUGCGGAAUGUACAGCGGAAUUACGUGAUCCCCUGGUUUGAACUUUGUUACACCUUCGCCGACGCUUUCAACAAUGCCGGCUCCUUCGUGUCCGAGGAUCACCGGAAACACCCCUUCAGCAUCGUGUCCAUCCAAAGUGUAAGCAUCAGUAUGGCAAACUCCAGAAGCAGCUAUCUUGAUUCGCACUUCUCCUGCUUUGGGUGGAUCAACUUCAAUGCUCUCGAUCGACAGCGGUUUUUUUGGUUCCCAGGCCACCGCUGCCUUGCAGGUGAUAACCUAAAACGGGUAAGAUGUUAACCGUCUAAAGCUCAAAACAACACAUCGAUGAACUUAUGGUCGAUAUUAGCUGAAAGAAUACUUACUUUUCCGGUAAAAUCACCCAUUAUGAUUCGAGUUCGGUAAGGGUGCAACAAGAUUGUUAAUUAUUUAACAAAUUCCGCUAUCUGAAGCAGGCAAAACGAAAUGAAACUUUGACUUUAGAUGAUAAGCAAAAUAUUCCCGUUUGAACCACGGAGACACAAAAAAGUUUGAUAGUGUGUUGUGUCCUAAACCCUCAUAUACCCCCUAUACCCCGCGCCGGCCGGCGAGAAAACCUGAUCCAAAAUGUUGGUGGUAACGUGUGCACUGCACAAUACCUCUAAUUCCUCUGCUUUAAACUUUUAAUUUACAGCCAAAAUCAACUCAUACUAUUUAACAAUCCAAUGAGCUGCGUUAAAGGUGAGGCAGACCAACCAGCACGUCAUUGCAAACAACGGAUAGUUUUUUUUGAUAAUGCAAUUUGUAUUUUCAUUUUGUUCUUUUGUUGGAAACGUUACUUUACAUGGUAAAGGUUGUUCGUUAAGUAUGCCCCUCUUGCAGUUGUGUUAAUUUUAAAAGUUUUAUUUCUAUCAUUAUCAUUAGAACUGCAAGAAUCAAUAAAUGGUUAAAACAUUCUAUAAUGGUUAAAAAUGCGGAAACGUGAAACGAAGCCAAACACAUUGAAACAACAACAACAACCAGCUUUCCAACAGCUGUUCGUCGAUCAACCGAAUAAACAGACUUUCUCCAGGUAACUAACCUGUGCAAAACAAUUCAACAGUUCAACGGAAAUAUAAAUCAAAACUAUGGACUUCAGCCUGGAUGUGGAUCUUCAAAGGGCAUGUAGAAUCUGUCUUUCUCAAACCGAUCUUAGCGAGAAACUAAUCAACAUUUUUUCAAAUGCAAUUGUCGACGGUUUUUUGGUCGCCCUGCCGGAAGUUAUAAAUUACUGCGUGGGUAUACAGAUACUUAAAUCCAGUGAUAUGCCCGGAAAACUGUGCCAAAGCUGUAAAAGUCAACUACUGAACUACUAUUUGUUCAAACAGAAAUGCAAACGAACAGAGCAGGUUCUUCGUCAAACUAUAGGAGUACAAAACAAACAAUUUACCGUAGAAAUUAUCGAAGAACAUACCGAAAACUUAAAUAUAAGCAGCAACAAGAACGAAUCAAGUGGUGAAUUGGUAGAGGAAAUUCUUGAUUCCGACCAUCAGAAACUACCGUGUGAAAAACCUCGAGGAACUACUGAAUAUUUAUGUGAAAAAACUUCUCACGACGAGAAGGAUUCGCAUACACAACCCGAUAAUUCCUUGGAAAUGGUUCAAAAUUACGACGAGAAUGCCCAUGAGAUUACUAUACUUAUAGAAAAAGAUUCUGACGAAUCAUUAUCAAAAAUAAAUCAUCACGAUGCUUUAGAAAUAGAUGGUCCUAAUCAUAGUAGAACGGAGCAAACACCUGUUACAGAAAUGGAUACCGAAGACGGUGUGCACUAUUUGGAUUCAGAUUACGAAGAGCUUAAUACGCAAGUACUGUUAUCAGAAACAAAAGAUUUUAAUAAAUUGAUUUGCAAUAUCUGCUCCAAAGUUUUUGAGAAAAAGUCACAUUUUGCUAGGCACAUGAACCACCAUCAAGCAUCCGCUAAUGUGGCAGAUCAUUUCGUGUUUCAUAUUUGCACCGUUUGUGGAAAAAUGUUCUACUUGAAGGACGAUUUCUUGCAACACGUGCACGACCAGGAGCAUCACCAAGAAGAGAAUAUUGUAGGGGAACCGAGUCAUUACACAUGUUCGGUGUGUUCUUCGGAAUAUGAAAACAAAGCCCAUGCAAAACAACAUAUUCUGUCACAUCUCAAGGUAUUGGCCUGCCCUUUCAACGGCUGUGGAAGUGAGUACGCUUCGGUUGCACGGCUAGGCGUCCACAUUGCCUCCAAGCACGUACAAUACGAGGUACAUACCUGCCAGCAUUGUGGAAUGGAUUCGUUUGAAACUAUGACCGAUUUGCAGCAACAUCUUCGAGUUAAAUGUACUGCCAAAAAGUUUGCAUGCCAUCAUUGCGAAAAAAAAUUCCUAACAGCCCGGUCGUUGGCGUGCCAUUUGAAAACAUUAGACAAAAAGCAUGAAUGCCACGAGUGUGGUAAAAGUUUCGCUCAACUUGGGGAACUUACUCUUCAUCGGAGGACCCAUACUGACGAGCGUCCUUUCAAAUGUACAGUCUGUGGUAAGAGUUUUAAAACCGCCUCACUCCGUACUGCGCACAUGGACUCACACAUCGAUGGUAAAACGUUUGAGUGUCAUUUUUGCGGAAAGCUGUUACAAUCACGCGUUUGCUAUCGCAACCACAUAAAACGUCAUCUAGAGGAGAAGAAACACGAAUGUAGCGUAUGUUCGAAGAUGUUCUACACAAAGUAUAAUGUGAAAAUCCAUAAAGAAAAGGUACACAAAAUUGCAACUUUGGUCUAAAUAUGUAGAGCUAUGCAACACUUUACAUUGAAAAUAUAGACACAUUAAUUUGAAUCGCUACAAAUGAUCUGGUCAAGAGAUUCUGUGUUGAAGUAUAAAAUCCCUAUAUUUCAAUUGAAUUCUCUACCUAAAAUAAAAGUUCAACAAGCAUUCACUUUAAAUGUU